AUGGCCGUGGGAGUUCUAUAUCGAAAACGGGGGCUUGGUUUCCGUAGACGAUCACCUUCAUCACAUCGAGCAGCUGACAUUACCACCCAUCGCCAAGACACAAACACGGCACAGCAGCAGCAGCAGCAGUGCAAGCCACCCACCCACCCCAGCCCUAUCAACCCACUAGAUACUUACUAUCUAGUGCCUACUACGUACUAUUCUCAGCUUACCCUGCAGGCCAAGAAAGAAUUUUGUAGUGGCGGAUCGGGUGAUGUUAUAGGUUGGGAUGGAUGGAGGGAUGGAGGGAUUCAGGAGGGGGUGGUGAUGAUUGUCUUGGCUUGGGUUGGUUUGAUGUUGAUGUUGAUAAUUGGUGGUUGGGAUUGUAGUAUCGCUUUUACUAUCAUCUUCCUGCGGAAUAAUUCCAGUAUGAGGGGAAUGUGGCGCAGGGAUAAAUGGUGGGCGCUUAGUUGUAAUGAUGAUAACUACGUAAAUAUAGGGGAAGUCCUUCUCAGCUCUGAUUGA